GUGCUCUGGGGAUCCAACUCCGGGCAAAACGCCAAUAAUCUGAGCCGUACGGUCACUCCCUUUGCAGCCCUGCCCGGCCCCGGGUCUGCCUUUUCUUUAGGAACCCAAAUGUUCUCCCUCCCCCGCUGUUUUCGGCAGCUCUUGCUCCUUCUGGGCUAAGUCCUGCUAAACUCGUUUCCCCCGCAGCUUGGGAGGGGCCGGCUCCAGGGUCCCCUCCUCUGCUCAGGUGUCUGCCCUGCCCUCCCCCACCCGCCGUGUUUUUUCCUCAUCAACAGUUUUCUCUUCCUCCAGAUACCGACUUGGGCCUAGGUUAAUGUCCAACAGAAAAAGUGACCACCUCCAACACCAGGCUGCAUGUCCCACUUAAAAAAAAAAACCCAGCUGAGAGCAAUGGCUGACUAGGAAUUUACUAAAGCUUUGAAAUGAAGCCUCAGAAGUUUUAUGGGGUCACAGCUUGCCUUCUCUCCCAUACUCCACCUUCCUGACUUCCACCAGAGGCCCAGCUCAGAAAAUCUCAAAAGAAGACUCGGGUAAAAACUGAUAUGCAUUCAACACAUAGUCAUUGCAAGUGUUCCAACAAUGCCGUCCUUAACCCUUGCUCUUCUUUCACCGACGUGCUUCAGCCCUGCGGGAUCUCCUUUCCAUAACCCUGUUACUAACGAUUAAAGGUGUAAAAGGGAAGAUUCCAGGAACUCAAGCCUUUGUCACCGAGUCCUAUUUCAAUGAAGGCCUCACCACCAUCCAUGCUGCCCCAAGAGCCUUAACUCGGAGCAGAUUCCAGACAGGAGAAGCUGGAAAGAUCUCCUUUCACCCCGACUUUUGACCAGGGCCUCCACACCACCUGCCAAGGCCAGCAGAACUACCCUUGGAAGCAAAGUUCCAAGCCCCACAAGUACCACAACCAAGCUGCCUUUGUGUUCAUCCUUAGAAAAAGAAAGAUGGCCAAGGAGAGGGGCCUAAUAAGCCCCAGUGAUUUUGCCCAGCUGCAGAAAUACAUGGAGUACUCCACCAAAAAGGUCAGUGAUGUCCUGAAGCUCUUUGAGGAUGGUGAAAUGGCUGAAUAUCUCCAAGGAGAUGCCAUUGGAUACGAGGGGUUCCAGCAAUUCCUGAAAAUCUACCUGGAAGUGGAUAAUGUUCCAGAUCACCUAAGCCAGGCACUGUUUCAGUCCUUCCAGACUGGCUACUACAUAGAAGACACUGUAAGAGAAGAUGUGGUGUGUCUCAGUGACGUCUCUUGCUACUUUUCUCUGCUGGAGGGUGGCCGGCCGGAAGACAAGCUAGAGUUCACCUUCAAGCUGUACGACACGGACCGAAACGGGAUCCUGGACAGCUCAGAAGUGGACAGAAUCAUCAUACAGAUGAUGCGAAUGGCUGAAUACCUGGAUUGGGAUGUGUCUGAGCUGAGGCCGAUUCUUCAACAGAUGAUGAAAGAGAUUGACUAUGAUGGCAGCGGCUCUGUCUCCCUGGCUGAGUGGCUGCGGGCCGGGGCCACCACCGUGCCCCUGCUCGUGCUGCUGGGCCUGGAGAUGACCCUAAAGGACAAUGGGCAGCACAUGUGGAGGCCCAAGAGAUUCCCGCGACCAGUCUACUGCAACCUUUGCGAGUCGAGCAUCGGUCUAGGCAAACAGGGACUGAGCUGUAACCUCUGUAAAUACGUCGUCCACGACCGGUGCGCCAUGAAGGCCCUGCCCUGUGAAGUCAGCACGUACGCCAAGUCUCGGAAGGACAUUGGGGUCCAGUCACACGUGUGGGUGCGGGGAGGCUGUGAAUCCGGCCGCUGUGACCGCUGUCAGAAGAAGAUCCGGAUCUACCACAGUCUGGUUGGCCUGCAUUGUGUGUGGUGCCACCUAGAGAUCCAUGAUGACUGCCUUCCAGCCAUGGGCCAUGAGUGUGACUGUGGGCUGCUCCGAGAUCACAUCCUGCCUCCGUCUUCCAUCUACCCCAGCGUCCUGGCCUCUGGACAGGAGCGUAAAACUAGCAAAAUAAGCCAGAAGACUGUGGAUGAUUUAAGUUUGAGCACUUCUGAGGCUCUGCGGGUUGAUCCCGUUUCUAACACCCACCCACUUCUGGUCUUUGUGAACCCCAAGAGUGGCGGGAAACAAGGCGAGAGGGUGCUUUGGAAAUUCCAGUAUCUGCUGAACCCUCGACAGGUGUUCAACCUCCUAAAGGAUGGUCCUGAGCCAGGACUCAGAUUCUUCAGAGAUGUUCCUGAUUACAGGAUUUUGGUGUGCGGCGGGGAUGGCACAGUAGGCUGGAUUCUAGAGUCCAUUGACAAAGCCAACUUGCCUUUUGUGCCUCCUGUCGCCGUGUUGCCCCUGGGCACUGGAAAUGAUCUGGCUCGUUGCCUAAGGUGGGGAGGAGGGUAUGAGGGACAGAAUCUGGGGAAGAUCCUCAAGGACUUAGAGGCGAGCAAGGUGGUACAUAUGGAUCGAUGGUCUGUGGAGGUGAUACCCCAACAAACCGAGGAGAAGAGCGACCCAGUCCCCUUUCACAUCAUCAAUAACUACUUCUCCAUCGGUGUGGAUGCCUCUAUUGCUCACCGAUUCCACAUCAUGCGAGAGAAGUAUCCUGAGAAGUUCAACAGCAGAAUGAAGAACAAGCUAUGGUACUUCGAAUUUGCCACUUCUGAAUCCAUCUUCUCAACGUGCAAAAAGCUGGAGGAGUCUUUGACCGUUGAGAUCUGUGGGAAGCCGCUGGACCUGAGCAGCCUGUCCCUGGAAGGCAUCGCAGUACUGAACAUCCCAAGCACACACGGUGGUUCCAAUCUCUGGGGUGACACCAAGAGGCCACACGGCGACGUCCACGGGAUCAACCAGGCCUUGGGUGCCACUGCCAGAGUCAUCACUGACCCCGACAUCCUGAAGACCUGCGUGCCGGACCUAAGUGACAAGCGGCUGGAAGUGGUGGGGCUGGAGGGUGCAAUUGAGAUAGGCCAGAUCUAUACCAAGCUCAAGAAUGCUGGACAUCGGCUGGCCAAGUGCUCUGAGAUCACCUUCCACACCACAAAAACCCUCCCCAUGCAAAUUGACGGAGAACCCUGGAUGCAGACACCUUGUACAAUCAAGAUCACUCACAGGAACCAGAUGCCCAUGCUCGUGGGCCCACCUCCUCGCUCCUCCAAUUUCUUUGGCUUCUUGUGCUGAUGGGGACAUCUCAGCCUCCAGGCCAGCUGUGAAGCUCCUUGUCCCUGGACUGUCCUACCCAGGCUCUGUAAAUUGCUGCCACACCCUCCUGCCAGCUCAGGGGGGUGUUCCUCCACCCUCACAGUAUUUAUUAUCCUGCACCACGUCCACUACCCCCCACGCAUACAUGCACCUGCACACACACAAAUAACACAUUGAAAGUGCCUCAUCUGAAUAAAAUGAACUUUUUUCCCCACUGGGAUAUCUGUUAA